AUGGAGCGCAAAAUGGAGCAACGCGUUAACAUGAAGUUUUGCUUCAAAUUAGGGAAAACGACGACGAAGACUCAUGAAAUGUUAAUGAAAAUGUACGGUGUUGAAACAGUGAGUAAAAAGUGUGUUUUUAUGUGGUUUAAACGCUUUAGAGACGGAAAGGAAGGUGUCGAGGAUGAGCUGCGUUCGGGUCGACCUUCAACAAGCACAGCCCCAGACAACAUCGAACAAGUGCGACGGAUGCUUGCGGAUGAUCGGCGGCUGUCUUUGAGAAUGAUAGCAGAAGAUUUGAAGAUCAGCAAAGAGAAUGUAAGCACUAUUGUUCACGAACAUUUGAAAAAGCGGAAGAUUUGUGCCCGUCUUAUACCGCACAAGCUGACAGAGGAGCAGAAGCAAAAUCGGAUGGAAACGUCUAGAGAUUUCAUCGACAUGUCUGACCGGAUUCCGCAGUUUUAA